AUGGGUGAUGCUGAGGACGACCACGAUCUUGACCACGUCCAGGAUCACGAUCAGGCCCGGACAUUGACCGAGAAAAUCUCUUGUGGCAUCUUCUACUCGAUGGCAUCUCUCAUCGCUCUAUACUUCUUCAUCGUGGGUAUCAAGUUAAUUAGCGACGGCCUCACAAUAGCUCGAGGGUGCAACACCAAAGGUGCUUUCGACAUCGUCAACAAUCCGGCAUCAGGACUCAUGGUCGGUAUUGUUAUGACUGCGAUACUCCACAGCUCCGGCACUGUGACGUCCAUCGUGGUGGCGCUCGUCGGGUCCGGCGGCAUGACCAUCCGCCAGGGCGUGUACGUGAUCAUGGGGGCCAACGUCGGCACUUGCGUCACCUGCAUCAUGGUGGCGUUCGGACAAGUGGGCGACCGCGCUCGCUUCCAACGCGCGAUGGCGGCGGCCACGGUUCACGACAUGUACAACAUUUGGUCGGUGUUCGUCCUGUUCCCGCUUGAAGUCGUCUUGCACCCGCUGGAGAAGAUGUCGGUGGCCAUGUCGAACGCCAAGACGAACAGCGGCGCCUUCAACAGCCCCGUCGACACCAUCGUCAACCCGUUGACCCAGACGCUGCUCAUGGUGGACAAGAAGGCCAUCUACAAGGUCGCCACGGGGGACACGGUGUGUACCGACGGCCAGUCGUUCGUGAAGGGAGGCGCGUUCGAAGGCUCCAGUCUCAGCGACGGGAGCAUCGGAGCCAUCACGGUUGCCAUCGGGUUCUGCAUCCUGGUCUGCGCGCUGCUGACGCUGGUGAAGAUGCUGGCUAAAGUCUUCAUGGGUCCCACCAAGCAGCUGAUCUCCAAGCUGCUCAACUUCAACGGCUACAUCAACAUCUUCGUGGGGACUCUGAUCACCUUCUCUGUGCACUCGUCGACUGUCGUCACCUCAACGCUCACGCCGAUGGCUGGCUUGGGCGUCAUCACACUGGAGCAAGUGUACCCGCUGGUGAUUGGGGCGAGCUUGGGCACGACUGGCACUGCGUUGCUGGCAUCGCUUGUGACUGGCAAGUCCGACUCCGUUGCGAUCGCUCUGGUUCACUUCUGGUUCAACGUGUUCGGCAUCUUCCUCUUCUACCCGAUCCCGAUCACUCGCAAACCGAUUCUCGGCUGGGCGCGGUCACUGGCGUUCUUUAGUGCGUCGUGGCCGUUAACCGCUGUACUCUUCCUCGUGGUGCUAUUCCUCGUCGCGCCGGGGAUUCUCCUUGGCUUGGUGUACAUGUGCACUGCCGACAGUGCCGUGGCUCAAGUCUUCGGGUGGAUCAUCGCGGCCGCUGUUGCAUCGGGUUUUGCUUGUGCAUUGUUUUGGUACCAGAAGAAGGGUGGUCGUGAGCUCUGGCACGGGUUCCUGGAGAAGAAGCGACUGGAACGCGAGAUUCGUGAAGAGCGCCUGCACUCGAGCCAAAUCAACGAGAGUGUGUAG